AUGGAAAACAGCAAACGAAAGCAGCAAACGAAAGCAGCAAACGAAAGCAACAAACAAACAAACAACAACGCAAAACGCAAGAAAAGUAUUACAACGAUAACGAUGGAAGGAAGCAACGACAUUACUAGAAUUCAGCAAUUAGCUGAAGAAUUAACACAAGAAAUUCGGGAUCACCACCCAGAUGUGAUAUUACAGAUAGAUUUUACGGGACCGCAAAUAAUUAUCCCAGAAUUAAUAACUACGGAGCGUGGUUUGGAAGCACAGAAGGAGAAAUUCAAUUUGAAUUUACGGAAGACACAUCCAAAAGACAUAUCAGAGUUUUGGGUAGAAUUUGGAAGAUGUUUCAAAUCAAGAUGGUGUAGUGGAGCAAAGUUGAGUUUAUUGCUAAUGAUAGAAAAAGAAUUGGAACAAGUGAAGAGGUUGAAUACAAGUCAAAUGGAUUUGGUAAAAGGGAAAAAUGAGAGUAAAGCCACCAUAUUAUGUAAAAGGCUGCAAUUAACAAAGUGA